GAGAGAGAGUGUGCGCGAAGUUUGCAUUGAAUAAGAGUUGCAGUGUUUUGUGUUAGAGCUCUGUCUUUGACUCCAUAUAUGAUAAUCGUAUCCAAAAAAUACACAACAAUUUCAGUCUUGUAUUGAAUAUUGCAUUGAAUUUCAUAUUAAAAGCCAAAAGCGUUGACUUGUAUUGCAUUGUAUUGUGUUUUUGCCAUUUGUUAUCCAUAGGCCAUACUUAUUAAUAGUGAUUUUUAAUACCUUGGUCAUAUUUCACACAUACAAAUGGCUGAUGAUAAUAAUGAUGAGUUCGAGUUCGAAUACACCAAGCCCACGAGCACUGUAUCCCACGUGACCCGGCAGUCACUGAUCACGAAAACGACGCGAACCAUAAACCAGCGCCGGCUGUCGGAGCGCCAGAAGUCGGUAGAGUCGCCACCAGUAGAGCAGCCGAAGCUGAAAAUGCUUUACGGCCGCGAUCUGAAAGAGUACGACAACGUCGACGUGGAGAACCUGUUGGCACAGUUGUCGGCCGAAGAGUUGGAACAGUUGAGCGAAGAGGUGGACCCCGACGACAACCUACUGCCGCCGUCGCAGCGCUGCAAAGACCAGACGUCGAAGUCGGCCACCGGUCCACUGAAUCGCAAAAAGUUGUUGACUUUUCUCACAAAGUUUGCCGCCGAACAGGAAGACUGGCCCGAGUUUAAGCAAUUCCAGCCCGGAGUCAAAAAAGGCAAAAUAUUUAUCCCCAAAGAGACUGACACUCCGGACCAGUCGUCCGACGAGAAGAUAAUACUGGACUUAGAGGACGGCGCGGAACAGGCGCUGGACGACGCGUCGGAGGCGGAUCUGGUGGACUUGGCGGGCAUUCUGGGGCUGCACUCGAUGCUCAAUCAGGACCAGUUCCACAACUCUAUACUAAACAAAGGGCAACGCAUUGGCGACAAGUUUGAGUCGAUAGUGAAGGCGCCGACGCCCAAGAAGUUGCCCUUUGAACCGGACAACAUCACCGAUCCGGAGGCCACCGCCAAACAGGUGAUCGCCAACGACCCGAACCUCAAAGAGCUUAACUGGAAUAACAUUAAGUUUAUUCCUCGCGAGACGUUUAAGAAGAUGUUC